UUACGGCACUUUACGUCUGUUGACAUUUGCAGCAGCACUGACGCUUCUAUUCGGUUGCAGUUCAUACUUCUAGUUAUGAUUUAACAGCUUCCUGCUCGAGCUGUGAGUAAAUGAGUGUUUUUGAUUUAUUCCGCGGGUUCUUCGGGGUCCCGGGAGGACACUUCCGAGGAAGAAGGGACCCCUUCUUUGAUGCAAUGACACAUGAUGAUGACGACGAGGACGAUGAGGAAGAAGGAUUCUACUACGAUGGAUUCAGGUGGGACCAGCAGGACCCGUUGGACAGAGCCUGGAGGUUUGGCUUCAACUUGGGUCCAGACGGGAUGAGGUUCCAGGAGCCGGCUGUGUUCGGCCACGUCCUCAGGGAGAUGGAGGAGAUCUUCUCCCAGCUGGGCCGUUGGGAGGGACAUCCGGAGUCGGGACACUUUGGCGUUCCCAGAAUCCUGCCUCCGUCUCCACCUCAGGGCAGAUCGGAGAGCAGCGGGAAUCCUCUCAGAGACUUUAUGCUCAAAUCACCCGACGGCACCGACCGACGGCCGCACCCGGAGCGCCGACCUUCACUUGAGUCGUCGCCUUUUGAUGGCUGGAGCCCUUUCUCUAAGUUCAAUGAUUUCUGGGGUGAGGCGCCACAGAGAACUCCUGGCCAAGAGGCUAAAGAAGACAGCGAUCUGGACUCUGCCGUGUCGUCAGGCGGCUUGGAUCAGAUCCUGACUCCGCCUGUCGGUCAGGAGCCCAGCGGACCCCAGAGCCGGUCUUUCUUCCAGUCAGUCGUCGUCACCAAGGUGGUGAAACCUGAUGGGACUGUAGAGGAGCAGCGAACGGUCAGAGACGGACACGGCAACCAGAAGACCACCGUGAGCCGCUCAGGGGGUCCGGACAGGCUGGAUGGACCGGACCGGCAGCCCGGACCGGUACUCCCAGGAGAUUCGAAUCGUUUCUCAGACCUGCGGGACGACGACUCGUUAUUCUCUCAGUUCUUCGGAGGAUUUAAAUAAGAAAUAAACGAAAGUAUCGUCCUCCGUUUGGUUUUUGGUUUUUAAAGGGAGGACGUGUGUUUGACACAAAGUCUUUGGUUUAAACAGGAAAUUCAAACUGGUCGCAUCAAGAACAAACAAUCCAGUUAAAUGUUUUAUUUUUGUAAAAAAGGCAGAGUGAAUGGAAGAAAUGUGAAAAAGAAUCAAAUAAAGACUUAAUAUAUUUACACCACCAUUAAACUCUCCUUCUUCUUUGACGAAAUGAUGCAGUCUGGAAUAAAAAACAUUUGAAAUACAAAAUCUUAAGAAAGAAUUUAAACUUGUAUUUGCAUUUUAAUCGUUUGACAUUUAAACAUCUGGAAGUUUGGAGACGGGUUUUCCAAUAACGAAUAUUAUUUAUUGUGUUGAAUUUUAUUCUUUGUUCUUAAACUUUCAAAUUUGGGAAAGUGGGACAAAAAAAUGCUGGUUUUUUUGUCCCAGGGUAAGACAAAAAUUCUAAGCAGUCGACAUUUUAAUAAAAUAAAACAUUUUAAAUAAAUGAA